GGCCCAUUGGGAGGUCCCUGCAGAGUAGGUCGUUUUUCUUUUCUCAGUGUUCGUUGUAGAAGCCUGACAGAGAUGAAUUAACACUGGAAACUCCGAGAAGAGUCAUAUAGCCGUGUGCUUCGCUCGGAACUGAUUUACAACCUUUAUUUGUUUAAGUUUUGCGCUCGGUAACAUCAUUAGUUUAAUCAUUGACAGAAAACCUGAUGCGAAAAAGUUUGCCCGGCGGUGACGAGUGCAAAAUCCACAGCGGCAGAUGAGCGAAGACACGCGGAGCGCAAAACCUGCGGAGAUUUAAAUGCGCGCGGACCGUCACGCCACGGGACAAUCCUUUCACUCGGUAUGACACAAACUAGCGAUUUUUGGUUUUCGACUGUUGGUUAAGAAAGGGUAAACUAAACUCCAGACUUGUGUCUACGGGAUACCGGUACAAUGAGUAAACUCAGUCCUUUCAGUAAUCUUGCCAAGUUCAUCUCAAAGUCGUCUGAUAAUGGGCCAGUCAGUGGGGAGCAGCUCUGCAUGGAGGACUGCACACCUCUGUGCCGCUGCGGGCCGGACCCGUGCGUGUGUCCUUUCUCACAAAAUAGUAAAGAUGGACUCAAGGAAUAUAAGGAAAACGGAAGUCCACAGGAAAGCUGGACCCCUGAAAAACAUGCUUUUGAUAAUCUUGCCUAUGAGCCAGAGGGCCAUAAUGGACUGAAGCACAAUUUGGGCCACAAACUGGUGGUCAAGGAGAGCGAGGUGAAGAUCCAGGUGCAGGGAAUGACCUGUCAGUCAUGUGUCCGAUCUAUUGAAGAGCGGAUUGGAAGUCUUGAAGGUGUUGUUGGUGUCCAGGUGUCUUUGAGCGAUAAAGAAGCUUCUUUGAGGUUUAACCCUGCAACAGUAACACCAGAAGUUUUAAGAAAACAUAUUGAGGAUAUGGGGUUUGAGGCUUCACUUCUGGCCUUGCCGAGUCAGCUGCAGCCUUCGGUGACUGAUUGGUCUGAUGUCACGUUAGGUGUAGAAGGGAUGCAUUGUGGGUCAUGUGUGAAGAACAUAACAGAAACCUUGUCGGGAGUGGUAGGUGUCAACUCUGUAUUGGUUUCACUGGAAAAAGGAACUGUGGACCUUAGAUUCGACCCAUCACUACUUACCCUGGAGACAGUUAAAGGGCUCUUAGAGGAGAUUCCACCAGGGAAUUUUAGGGUUUCCAUUCCUGGUUGGAAUUCUAGAUUGAAUUCUGCUAGUAUUCCACCCCAGACUGUGACCAUCAGAAUAGAAGGAAUGACAUGCAGUUCUUGUGUUCAAGCCAUACAGGGAAUGGUGUCCCAAAGAGCCGGAGUAUAUGCCAUAAAAGUUUACUUACAGGAAAAGAAGGGAAUUGUAACAUUUGACUCCAGUGUGACCUUUCCAGAAGAACUGCGGUCGGCAAUUGAGGACAUGGGAUUUGAAGCGUGGCUGGAUCAAGAUUCUGGAAUUUAUGACGUUUCAUCAAGUAGUCAAAUGUCAAGUGCUCUGAAACAAAGCCACACAUCCAAAUCUUCACCAAGUGAAACCACUGAUGAGAUCCCCUCUGGUUCAGAGGACAGAGAGACACGCAAAUGUUUUGUUCAUGUGACAGGGAUGACCUGUGCAUCCUGUGUGACCAAUAUUGAGAAAAAUCUAUUGAAACACAAAGGUAUUAAAUCAGUAUUAGUCGCUCUGAUGGCUGGGAAGGCAGAGGUGAAGUAUGAUCCAGGGCUUCUGGACCCACCACAGAUCGUCCAGCUCAUCUCUCGUUUGGGGUUUGGUGCCUCAGUGAUGGAAGAGAGUACAGUCCAGGACGGCGUCUUGGACCUUUCUGUCACAGGUAUGACAUGUGCUUCCUGUGUCCAUAACAUCGAAAGCAAACUUCUGAGGACAAAAGGAAUACUGGAAGCCUCUGUUGCUUUGGCGACAAACAAAGCUCAUGUGAAAUUCAACUCGGAUUUGGUAGGCUCUAGAGAUAUCGUCCGAAUUAUUGAGGGUUUGGGUUUUGGUGUGUCUUUAAUAAAAAAUGAGGGAUUGAACAACACACUUGAUCACCAAGAGGAAAUUCGGCAAUGGAAGCAUUCGUUUUUGUUUAGCCUGGUGUUUGGGAUCCCAGUGAUGGGUCUGAUGAUUUACAUGAUGGUUAUGGACAGUCAACAUAAGGAACAUGGUGGUUCCAUGCCUGUGGACCAGAACAUCCUACCUGGUCUCUCCAUCAUUAACUUGGCCUUCUUCCUGCUCUGCACACCUGUUCAGUUUCUAGGUGGCCGUUACUUCUACAUACAAGCAUACCGUUCACUAAGACAUGGUGUAGCCAACAUGGACGUGCUCAUCGUCUUGGCAACCACCAUUGCAUACGUGUAUUCAUUCAUAGUGCUGAUUGUAGCCAUGAUUGAAGGAGCCAAACAGAGUCCCCUGACGUUUUUUUUGACACUCCUCCAAUGCUUUUUUGUGUUCAUUGCUCUAGGACGCUGGUUGGAGCAUGUUGCUAAGAGUAAAACAUCUGAGGCUCUGGCUAAACUCAUGUCACUUCAGGCCACAGAUGCCACAAUAGUGUCCCUGGGCAGAAACAACACCAUCAUCAGAGAAGAGCAGGUUUCUGUGGAGCUGGUGCAGAGAGGCGACGUAGUAAAGGUGGCACCAGGGGGAAAGUUCCCUGUUGACGGGAAGGUCAUUGAAGGCACGUCUAUGGCAGAUGAGUCCCUUAUCACUGGGGAGCCAAUGCCGGUCAUUAAGAAACCAGGCAGUUGUGUGAUUGCAGGCUCUAUUAACGCUCAUGGAUCUCUGCUAGUGGAAGCCACACAUGUAGGGGCAGAGACCACGCUCAGCCAGAUAGUCAAACUAGUGGAAGAGGCCCAGACAUCAAAGGCACCGAUUCAACAGUUAGCUGACAAACUGAGUGGCUAUUUCGUUCCGUUCAUAAUGGUGAUCUCCAUGCUGACAGUGGUCGCAUGGCUUAUCAUUGGCUUUCUGGACUUUGAUGUCGUGGUAAAGUAUUUCCCUGGUUUCAACCAAAACAUUCCCCGAACAGAGGUGAUCAUUCGCUUUGCCUUCCAGGCCUCCAUCACAGUUCUGUCCAUUGCGUGCCCUUGCUCUCUGGGUCUGGCGACCCCUACUGCUGUUAUGGUGGGCACAGGGGUGGGCGCUCAGAAUGGCAUUCUCAUAAAGGGAGGAGAACCUCUGGAGAUGGCCCACAAGGUUGGGGCUGUUAUGUUUGAUAAGACGGGCACCAUCACUAAUGGUGUGCCGCAGGUGACCAGAGUACUGGUCCUGUGGGACCGAGCAAGGCUUCCUCUUCGGAAGGUUCUGGCUGUGGUGGGCACCGCCGAGGCCAGCAGUGAACACCCGCUAGGCAUGGCCGUCACCAAAUACUGCAAAGAGGAGUUGGGAACAGAAACUCUGGGCUACUGCCAUGACUUCCAGGCUGUUCCUGGCUGUGGAAUCAGCUGUAAAGUCUCCAGCAUUGAGGAUCUGUUGCAGAACAGCCCAAAGACACAAGAAACAAACACAUCCGCAGCAAAGCAAACACCACUUCUUGUCACCCUCCAAGGAGCCACCACAGAUGAGAGCAGCCUGGUGGCAGACACAGAGACAAAUUCAGGGUCAGAAAGCCCUUCAUACUCUGUUUUGAUCGGGAAUAGACAGUGGAUGAUGAGGAACGGUUUGGAGGUCACAGCUGAUGUGGAUGAUGCCAUGAGUAGCCAUGAGACUAAAGGACAGACGGCCAUACUUGUGGCCAUCGAUGGUGUGCUAUGUGCUAUGUUAGCUGUAGCAGACACAGUAAAGGAAGAGUCGGCUCUAGCUAUUCACACCCUGAGCAGUAUGGGAAUAGAGGUCUUCAUGAUCACUGGAGACAACAGACGCACAGCCCGGGCCAUCGCCACGCAGGUGGGCAUCAAAAAGGUGUUUGCGGAAGUCUUGCCCUCCCAUAAAGUGGCGAAAGUCCAGAAAUUGCAGGAACAAGGUCUGAAAGUUGCAAUGGUGGGUGAUGGGGUCAAUGAUUCGCCCGCUCUAGCCCAUGCUGAUCUGGGUAUAGCCAUAGGAACGGGCACAGAUGUUGCCAUUGAAGCAGCAGAUAUUGUCCUUAUACGGAAUGAUUUGAUGGAUGUGGUGGCCAGUAUCGAGCUUUCUAAAAAGACAGUGCAGAGAAUCCGGAUAAACUUUGUGUUUGCUCUCAUUUAUAACUUGCUUGGCAUCCCAAUCGCAGCAGGUGUGUUCAUGCCGGUUGGGCUGGUUCUGCAGCCGUGGAUGGGCUCUGCUGCGAUGGCAGCUUCAUCUGUCUCUGUUGUGCUCUCCUCUCUGCUGCUGCGACUCUACAAGAAGACAUCAAUAGAAGAAUAUGAGUCCAGAGCUCAGAGUCAUAGGCUCAGUCUGAGUCCAUCUCAGGUCAGCACCCAUGUAGGACUGGAAACCCGUCGCUGCAGCCCUCGUUCAUUCCACCGGGGCUUGGACAGACACAGACGGAGCGGCUCAGGCUCCUCCUUCCUGAAAUUAAACUCCUCCCACCCCUCGACCACACAAUCAUACAGCACCUCAGGAGGGAACAUUGUGUAAAGCAACUAGCCAUGAGCAGACUUGAUGACAGUUGACUGGAAAUGUUUUUAUCAUGGAACGACGACUCUUAGGAGGUGUACAAUUUUUAUAACAUUUUACAAUAAUAGAUUUUAGAUACUGCUGUUAUAAUAGGAAAACAUGGCAUCAAGAAUUUUGCUUGAGGGUUAAAGAUUUCCUAACGCAGAUUCAAUGAAAAGGUUUAAGAUGGUCAUGUUGAUUCACUGUGAUUUUUGCUACUACCAAUUUUACCAUUUUACCACAUGUUGUGUACUGUAUUUUAAUCAGGGUUUAGCAACAUAAACAUUCUUUGUUUAUUGCAACAGAGGAUGGCAAUGUACAUGAUGAUCAUGCAUGUAAAACCAGGUUAAUUUUGUACUAAAAGGGUAAUGAAAAUUUACUUAUUGCUUGUUUUCUUUAAGAGAAGCUUACCUUUUUUUUCAAAUGGCAGAAUCUAGAAGAAUCAGUGUCCAAUAAUGAAUUCAGUAUGCACCCAAAUAUUGGUUAAACAUAGCAGAAGAGUAUUACUGGAUCAGAUUAUUAGACAUUGCUCUCUUGUGGUUUGGAAAAUGAACGGAUAGACGGAUGGAUCUCUUUGUACAGUUCAAGGGUGAUUUGGCGUUUUUUGGCCAAUAGGUGUCAGUAAUGUUGAACAGUUAUGAUUAGAAAUGACUGGAUUGUAAAUAAUGCCACUGGUAAAACAAUACAAUAAGUAGGGUUUGUAGAAAUUAAUUGAUUUGACUCUGGUCCGACAUUAGAUUCAUAGUGGAUUCAUACAAUUAUCAAAGUUUGCUUCCAGAUUACAUGUUUAAGGAUAAAAGAAGUGUCAGAAUAAAUGCAGAGGCACCUUUACAGGGACACUUUUAUUUUAGAAAAGUGGAUAUGUUUAUUAAAUAUACAGCAGUGUAAAUGAGCCUGUCCAUGAAUUUUCAGAUAAAAAAAAAUAAAAAUAAAGUGCAUGGUCACAACACGGCCUUAUCAUAUGUGCUGUAUGUCAUUUGUUAUAUCAUUACAAUAUAGGACAGAUUUAAUCCCUGUCCUGUUUCAUUCAUUCAUCA